AUGAUGAUGGCGGCGCAAGUGGAGGAUCAAGAACCCGUCACCGGCCUAGAUAACGGCGAAGUCAUAGAUUCCUUCUCCGGAAACACCGACUCCGGAGCCUCGACGAUCCUCCUCCGCGAAGACAGCCAAGAGUACGACGUCCUCAAGAAAUGUUUCCUCGCCGGAAUGGGUCCCUUAGCCAGCGAGACAACGAUCGUCGCCAUGCGCAAAAACUCACCCGCAAGCAACAGAGUCACGACAAGGGCUAGGUUCACGGCGUCCAGGGUUUUCACCGAAGCCAUGAAGCGGAAAAACGGCGGAGACGCAAACGUGAAACUCGGUUGGUACUCCGGUUCCAAACCGGAGAUCCAAAACAUCCUCUUCUACGGGUUUAGCAUCAGCCAAAUCCAGAAAUCCCAAAACGACGUCAGAUCUCACGGCGUCGGAAUCCACCUUGUUCACCACUUGCUCUCUCUCCCUGCGGCUUUGGUUUGUGAAGCUGAUGAAGAAGGGAUCAAGCAUCUUCUCUUAUGCCGUGUGAUUCUUGGGAAGCCUGAGAAGAUCUUUGCUGGGUCUAGACAAUGGUAUCCAAGCUCGAGAGAGUUUGAUUCUGGUGUUGAUAAUCUUCAGAUUCCGAGGAAGUAUGUGAUAUGGAGCUCUACUAUGAACUCUUACAUACUUCCGAGUUAUGUCGUGAGCUUCAAGUCUUCUCGACCUAGAGGUAACAUCAGAGGCGGUGGUGGUUUGGGAAGAGUGAGGUCUCCAUGUGUUAGCUUCACUGUUCUCUUUUCUUUACUUGUAAAGUCAUUGGACGCUCCAAGAAUGCAUGCGGUCUUGAGAGCUUAUGAAGAUUUUAGGAAAGGGAAGGUGAGGAGAUGGGAGCUAAUUAGGAGGAUGAGGGAAGUGGUUGGAGACGAACUUCUUGUGGGUAUAAUCAAGAAUCAGAGUGGUUAA